AUGAUUGUACUAAUAAUAUCUUUCUGUAUAUUGCAAGUCAGUGCAGGCGAAAAACAGGUGCAUACGUUAAGCGCUCUAAGGAAGCAUCUUUUCGAGGAUUAUUUUGCUGACGUUAGACCGGUUCUCGACCAUUCCAAACCAAUUAUUGUGACAAUUGACCUAACGUUGCUAAAGAUAAUAAAAGUGGAUGAAAAGCGCCAGUCUCUGAGAACAACAGUUGAUGUGCAACUAUCAUGGAAAGAUGAACUGCUCAUUUGGAACAUGUCCGAACAUGAGGGAAUAUCAAACUUUGUGUUUCCAUAUCAUAAGAAUGUUUGGGUUCCGGACUUAAUGGUGUCAAAUGCGCUAAAUAAACCGGCAGAGUUGGGAUUAAAAGAAGCAUAUAUUUCUUUGACACAUGCAGGGGAACUUGUAUUAUGGACACAAGUGAACUUUGAUACUUCAUGUGAAAUAAGAACUAAACAGUACCCCUUUGAUGAACAACACUGCGAAAUACUUUUCACAAAGUUCAUGAAUGAAGAUGACAAAUUAGAACUAAUAGCAACAAAAAACAAAAUCGAUCUUGAAAAGUAUAUUGAAACAGCUGAAUGGCAUAUUAUUGACAAUAUCGUUAAAUACGAGAUUGAUGUAUACAAUACAAAUAUAGGUUUCUUGAAUUACACAGUUCUUCAUUACCACUUGAAACUAAGACGUUCAUGUGUGUCGUGCAUUUUGAACAUAGUCGCUCCAGUUUUGAUACUGGCAUGUUUGAACCUGUUAACAUUCUACGUACCUUGUGAAAGUGGAGAAAGGACAAGUUUUCCUAUAUCAAUAUUUCUAACUUUAGCUGUGUUUCUGACAACGAUCACGGGGUCUUUGCCGGAAUCAAUUGACGGAGUAUCAUUUUUGAGCUUAUACGUGACAUUCCAGCUCAUAGUGAGCACAGUCACGCUUAUCUCGGCUGUGAUAUCUUUGCAGAUGCAUCAUACAAUGGACAACAGACCCAUUCCAAAGAUUGGGCAUGUGAUCAUAAAAUUAUUUAAAUCCAAAAAGAGUCAUUAUCCCAGCACUAACAAACAGUUAAAUGACGUCAAUCGUGAUGCAGACAACACCGGAAAUGACCUUCAGGAGAAUGAGCGUCCAGGACGCAGAGGGUCUUGGUACGACUUUUUCGCAUGGGAAGAUUCAGUUGCUGGUAUCAGGCUAUAG